ACUCAGUCAUCGGAGGGUAACACUUCUUUAACUAGACACAACUUGGAAUACGUGACGCGGUCCUCAAUUUAGCGCCGUUUGUUUAAUACUUGCCUGAUAUAUACAAACCCGGUGAACGCUGAUGUUUACCGUGUUAGACGGUUGUUAGCUCCCGUUAGCUCCCGUUAGCUAACCAGCUGUGUGUCUAAUGGAUCACACGGAGGACUUGUCUGCUCGGGUCCUGCUGGAGCAGAUCCUCAGCACCGAGCCCCCCAGGAGCCCCAUCACCCGCAGUUCCUCCCAAAUGCCGACGACCAGCUCAACCAGAAGCAGCUAUCGACUGAGCAGGAAAGAUGCUGGUGCCCAAACCCCGCAGAACAUCCUGAGGCGAAGCCUGGGACGUAAACUACAGGAGAGUAUAACCAGGAAAUGCCUGACCGCCACUAAAAAGAUGACCGUCUCUUUCAUGCUGCAAAAGACCAACACGUCAGCCUCAACCUCGGUGAUGUGUGACGAUGGGGACACGCCGAGGCACAUACUCAAGAACAUCCUGCAAACGGAGCCGGUGAAGUCUCCGGUGGUUCACGAGGAAGUUGCUUCAGAAGAGCCGCAGCCGUCUAAAGUGGACUCCAGCGGUGUUGGGAGGCGUCCGAGUGUCGAGCUGUCGGGGUUGGAUUUGACGGAUAUAACUAUUGGCAACGCAGCGAGUACCGCUAAGGGACUGAGCCGAAAGAGACCUCGUCGAAGUCUGAAUGUAGCGGCUUUUGAAAAGCGUCUUAAAGAUGGAGAGGAUGCUGAGGUGGAAUAUGAAGAAUCAAUGGGUGAUCAUUCAUCACUUUCUUUGUCAAGUUCCACUUCUCUGAGUCUGAAAACGCCCUUCGUGGACGUUCACACUGAGAGACGGGGCCUGCAGAAGAGAGUUUUUGACCGCCGAAAAAUCUCGAUGGAAGAAUUUGGGGCCGCUGUAAAUAAAAGGCAGACGGCGGGAGUGAGCAGCUCUGUGCAGAUGGAGCAAGGCCUCAGUGAGACCGCCUCCUCGGAGGGCUUCACUUUGGGCUUAAGCAAACUCAGUGAACCCGACCUCACGACUGAUCUCCUCCACUGUAACACGGCUCUCUACGCCCAGACGGACGACGCGACCUCCUGCUUCUCCGUGAUUGCGACUCAGGACAAGCCAACAGUGAUGGCGUCUCAGAUUCAGCGACAGAUGGAGCACGAGGAGGAGGCGAUGGAGGCGGAGCACAGCAAGCCGGGGAAAGAUAAAUCGAUGUAUGCAUUUCCAACUGAAGAGGGGGCUGAACCUCAGAAUGAAGAAUGUAUUCCUCCGGCUGGUGGUCAACUUGAAGUUCUUGCGGCUGAGGAAGAGGAAGAUGUAGCUGAAUCCCAGACUAAUGUAGAGGAGGAUACAGCCGAGUCUGAGGAAGAGGAGAACAGAGUGGAAGCUCAAACGGAUUCUCACACUGAAGAGGAUGCUGCAGCCAGGUCUCAGUCUGAGGAAGAGGCUGCUGCAGCAGACUCUCAAACCGAAGACGAAGGUUCAGGUGACUCUCAAACUGUAGAAGAAGUUGUUGUUGCUUCUCGGCAUGAAGAGGGUUUUGAAGCUCAGCCGCAGUCUGAGGAAGAGGAGGCUGCAGCAGACUCUCAAACCGAAGACGAAGGUGCAGGUGACUCUCAAACUGUAGAAGAAGUUGUUGUUGAUUCUCAGCAUGAAGAGGGUUUUGAAGCUCGGCCUCAGUCUGAGGAAGAGGAGGCUGCAGCAGACUCUCAAACCGAAGACGAAGGUGCAGGUGACUCUCAAACUGUAGAAGAAGUUGUUGUUGAUUCUCAGCAUGAAGAGGGUUUUGAAGCUCGGCCUCAGUCUGAGGAAGAGGAGGCUGCAGCAGACUCUCAAACCGAAGACGAAGGUGCAGGUGACUCUCAAACUGUAGAAGAAGUUGUUGUUGAUUCUCAGCAUGAAGAGGGUUUUGAAGCUCGGCCUCAGUCUGAGGAAGAGGAGGCUGCAGCAGACUCUCAAACCGAAGACGAAGGUGCAGGUGACUCUCAAACUGUAGAAGAAGUUGUUGUUGAUUCUCAGCAUGAAGAGGGUUUUGAAGCUCAGCCGCAGUCUGAGGAAGAGGAGGCUGCAGCAGACUCUCAAACCGAAGACGAAGGUGCAGGUGACUCUCAAACUGUAGAAGUUGUUGUUGACUCUCAGCAUGAAGAGGAUUUUGAAGCUCGGCCUCAGUCUGAGGAAGAGGAGGCUGCACCGGACUUUCAAAUGGAACAUGAGGAUGCGGUUGACGCCCAAAUCGAAGAACACUGUUUGGUGGAGCUGCAGUCCGUGGAGGAAGUCGUAGAAUAUCAAAGUGAUCAAGAGGAUCCUGCUGCCGAUUCUCCACCUGAAGACGAGCAUGAUGCGAGGUCGGGGGAGGAAGAAGACGCUGAGGCAUCGGAGCGGCUGGAAUCUGACUCUGAACGCAUCAGUCGGAGGACUCGGCUUCCUGAGGGUGGACUCAUUGCGCCGGUCACAGCAGCGGGGGGAGACCUGGCAGACGGCUCAGAGGCAGGAGAAGUGUCUGACGGCGAGUCCAAAGGCCACGGCAGCCUGGAGGAGGGAGGCCGUGAGAGCGGCCGGCUUCACAUCGGGAUCAAUGACUUGGCCGGGUCCUUAACCCAACGACGGACGGACGCCUCCGACACGGAAGACGGGUCCUUAACCCAACGACGGACGGACGCCUCCGACACGGAAGACGAGUCUGAAGCCGACAACUCCUUCGCUCCUCCGGAGGUGGAGCGGGAUGUCGAAGAUGGUAGACACCCGGGUGUCGAUUCACCUGAAGAAGCUGCUGAGGAGGAGGAGAAUGAUGAUGAUGACAGUGAUGAGUUCCCCAGCAAGACUCCUGCAUUUGUGAAACAGAAAAUUAACUUCUUUCAGCCCAAACCACUGGCCUCACCUGUUUUUAAGAAUAUUCAACCCAGCUGUACAGGUGAAGGUUUUCCCGCACCUAAACAAAAGCGGGUGAGAAAGAGGAGAACGGCGCCGGCUAAAAAGAAGACGGACCUUCCGAAGAGCUACCUGAUGGGCGUGUUCCAGCACUUCGCCAAAACGAAGGUGUCUGGAGACGUUUACCCUGUCCUACAAGAAAUAAUGGAUAAAUUCUUUGACCGGCUGGCAGAGGACUUGGAGACAUAUGCUCUUCAUGCAAAGAGAAAUACCAUAGAGGUGGAAGAUGUUGUGCUUCUAUUGAAAAGGCAGGGUCAUGUGACCGACAAGGUGCCAGUGGAGGUGCUGAUCGAAAAAUAUCUUCGAAUGGACCAGCGGGAGCUCCUCAUCCCUAUUGCAACCAGCGGAAAUGUUGUUUUCCCUAAAAAGCAGAGAUAAAUGUUUUCAUUGAGCUGUUUUUUUGGUUUUUUUUUGGUUCGCUCUCUUGAGCGAUCUCUCGAUUUCAUUUUAAUUACAAAAUGAAAAACCCUAUACUGUCAUUUUAAUACAUCUGUAUGUAAUGGCUCAUUCCUUUAUGUGCAGGCUUAAUAAUAAAGUUUCUGUUUCCUAUUAUAUGAAUAAAUUACUGUUAACUGUAGUAUUCCCCUGUGGAGCAGCUUUGUUGACCUGUGAAGAAAUAAGUUGCAGUGAAAGAUUAAAGCUCUUAACUGUAUUAAAACAAAUCAGAAUAAUUUAUUGGCCAAGUACGUUGCACAUUUGAGGCAUUUGACUCGCUGAAAAGAACAUAUCAAUAGCUGUAAAUUAAAACAAACCAAGAUGACCUUAUUGUGCUUUAUUGAAUCAAUUUGGUCUUUGUGAUGUUUUGGAAACCUAUCUUUGAAGAACAGAAACUGCAUCUAUUUGAUAAAUGAUAUAUUCACAAUGUGCCAUCAAAAGUUAAACUGUUUUCUCUGGAGUAUUAACAAGUGUUCUAAACAUUGAGGUUUGUAUUUUAAUUAUACAUACUUGUACUUCUCUGAAUAAGAUGGUUAUUUGCUGUUGGGUUUGUGUGAUCUGCUAUGGAUCACCGAGUGAAAUGUGUAAUGUCGUCUGUGGUUCAACACGAACAGUGGACUGAGUCCUAUGAAGUUCCUCAUGAUCUUGAAAUUGAUUGUUUUUUGUAUAUUUUCUUUAAUCCAACAUUAAAAUAUACUAUACCCUA